CACCCGAAUUUCGCAGACCAACGAUUGAUAUCAGGUGUUCGUUGGCAGGGGAUCGAACCUCUGACCAUGUGCAUGGUCAGCGAGAGUCCUAACCGCUGUGCCACCGACGGUAUGCAGAGUGGAUCUAGAGGGUUAGAUUUGAACUUUCAAAGAUUUUGACUCAGGAUUUGAAUUACACACAGGUAAACAUUCACCACUUUUGCUAAUGAGAAAGUUUCAUUUACAGUUCUUUACUUUACAAUUUUGUAUUUUAGGUCUUUUUUGUGUAUAAUAAUCCAUCAAUAAAUGUCACCAACAUCCAACCAGCAGAAUAUGGACAUAGUGGCUAAAUUACUGGGUGCUAGCUUGUAUUCUGGUGGUGGUCUCGUUGAGUGUGCAGUUACCAUAUCCUCUGAUUCAGAAAAUAUCGUUAAAAAAGACUACCACUGGUCAAUAACUGGUAUAGUUGGGUGUAUUAUUGGGCAAUGUAAGCUGGACAAUAAACAUCUGACAAAACCAUAUCAAGUAUCCCCGACGUCACUGUCACUCACUACUUCUCAGUGGAAAUACGAUGAUGCAUUAAGCUUUGAUGCUGAGUCACUAAUUACUUCUUCAUUAGAACCUAAAAGUCAACUGAUAUGUGUCAUUCCAAUGCAUGUGAAAUAUACCCCAGAAGAACACUUCAAAGGGCCUGCAACUCUAUGGGCAUAUCUUCCACAUAAUCUCUCACCUAGUGUCCGUGGAACGUUAUUUAAAUUUGCAUACAAAGUGGUAGUUGCAGUACAAGUGAAAAAUAUAAAUUCUGAAAUCAAAAGCCAUUUAAUUCAAUUACCGCUUCGUAUAUUACCCUCAAAAAUGAUGUACCAAUGUUUAAGAAUUGAAGAAAAUGAUGCUAAAAAGGAAGGCUAUCCACCUGACCACUCAUCAAAUCCAUUUUGGGUUCCUGAUACAAGAGAAGAAAACUCGUACUUCAGUUUUGCUUUUGAUGAGUGCUCUCCUAUGCGUGGACGAGGAGAAGGUAGUAGCGGUUAUUUGUGGGAGGAAAAAAUUGCUAGAUCUUCUGAUGAGUUAUCUCCUGGUGUUUCUCAGUAUGAGGAACCCAGUUGCUCAGAUCAAUCUGCUCAAGAUGCUAAGAAAGUAUAUAUUUACCCUUCUAAACAAGAAGAGUUAAUGAAUAUAUUGGCGACUUCACCACCUGCCAACUUUGUAAUUUCCACUUCACGUGGACGUAUUGGUCGUUUAUCUUUUCAACGGACUCUCUUCUGCCUAGGUGACAUGAUACGUGGUUACUUUGACUUCAAUGAAGCUGUUGUGCCAUGUUUCACAUGCGUUAUAAGUUUGGAGUGUGAAGAGAAAUAUAUGCUACAUAAUGAAAAUCCUUUCCUAUUGUCAGAUUGUAAAAUCUCAACCAGAAAUGAUGAAGUUCAGAACUAUUCCAUAGGCUGUAUUCCUUUGUCUAAUAUUGGUCAACCUAUUUGUACAAAUUUUCAACCUUUAGGCACUACUCAAUAUGCAACAGGGGCAGAUAUUACAUUGAAUUGUAUGUCAAAACUAAUGUUACCCUUUACUAUUCCCAUACCGAGUAAUAUUACACCACAAUUUCAUUCUGUUAGUUUAUCUAGUCCUUACAUUGGUUUAGAUUAUCGAUGGCGUUUACACUUAGAAUUUGAUUUAAUUUCAGAAAGUAGUAAAAAAGAUGUAUUUGAUCACAUUAAUGGUAAAACCUGCGUGAAACGAUCCUAUGGCACCGUGUGGACUUUUCCUCCUAAUAUACAAACUGAAAAAUUUACAAUGGAUAUACCAGUUCAGUUAGUGCUUUCAACUCCUUCUGUGAUAGACUAUUUACGUGAUGAUAUAGAACGGUCUCUUCGCAUAUAGGUUUUUUUUUUAAUGAUUUCCUCUUUUAUUUACUUAACUUUUGCACAAGAAUGCUUAUUUUUGUAAUACUUUUGUUUUCCUUCUGAUUUGAUCAAAUUAUUUGAGGUUUAAUUUCUAGUGUUUAAAUAUUUUUAUGUAAUGUAUAAUAUCCACAUAUAUUUCGUGUUCUGAAAAUAUCAAACAUUUCAGUAUGCAUUUCUAUGAUUUUUAACUAAAAUUUGCUUAUCAAAGAAUAUUUAAUAAAAUUGUUAGAUUCUUUUUGUGUGGGGC